AGCUAGGGCGGAAGUCAAAUCCCGGGAUAACAGGAAAAUGAAGAAGAGGGGGAUUAAGAUUGUACAUGACAUGGAGUAAAACAGAACAUUAACAAUGUGGACUUUACGACAACUUUUAUCUUUAGUUAUAAUUUGUGGGUGUCUCUCAUAUGGUUACAGCGAAACAACAGAAGCUACAAACUCCACGGUUUCUGAAACAACUGCCAUGACAAACACAACAGUCUCUGUGUCGACCGCUGUUAUAAACUCAACAGUUCUUAUGACAACCGAUUCCGAGACUGAUGAACAAACAACAAGCGUUGCUAUGACAACAGCACAAACAAAUACAACGAAUGUCACUUCAGAAUCACCCACCACAAUUAGAAUAACUACCAUGGAAACCACCGUGACAACGAUGAUGGAAACAACAACAAUGUAUGUUUCUACCACUCCACUUCCGCCUAUCAAGUUAUUUAAUUGUUCCAGUGACAGUAACUGUACAUUUGCAAACUCAGCGUGUAAUAAUUCAACCGGCGUCUGUCAAUGCAUAGAAAACUUUGUUCUCAUCGGUGAUAUGUCAUGCACUUCAGUUAAGGACUUUCAGGCAAGCAUAUUUAUUGAAAACGUGACAGAAACUUCCAUAUUGGUAGCAUGGAAUACAACACAUUACCCCGGUGUGGAAGUGUAUUUUACCAUAGAUUUUAACAACACACCAAUCAAUAACGUAAGCAGUCCUCACUUAAUAGAGAACCUGACCGAUGGAGAGGUACAUACCCUUCUAAUCACGUCCAAUGUCACGGGGAGAGACAUGAGGACUGAGUCUGUAAUGUCAAAUGUGGAAUAUGUUAGAACAGUUCCAAGGCAACCAAACGUUACUGUCGAUCCGCCUUAUAAUGCACCGAAUGUAACGAUUAGAUGGGAACCAAGAAAUCCAUACUUUAGCAUGUUUUACAUAUAUUUUACGGGUCCUGGGGUUAACUUUGUUGCCUCCACAAGUGAUACAAACAAAACGUUCACUGGUCUGAAGCAUGGAGCAAUCUACUCUUUCACAAUUGUUCAAGAAACAGAUGAGCCAUAUAGAAGAAACAGCUCUGCUUUAACCAAAGAAUUUCGCACAGAGCCUUCAGUUCCAAAUCCACCCUUAUCUGUUGAUGCUACAGCAGGACAACGGAAUAUUACAGUAAAUAUAAAUGACACUGUAAUGCCUAACGGAAAUAUCAUCCAGUACAUUUUCCAGCUGACUUACAAAGUGUACAGAGACGAGGGGAAUCGUCACGGCGUGAUCAUUUUACCAAAGAAAGACUCAGGCAUAUAUGUCCUGGAUUCACAGAGUCAUAUUUUUCCAGGUGCUGAGUAUAAUAUAUCUGUUUUUACCGUGAAUGACCGUUUUAACAGCUCUACAAGUACUGAUAUUACAGGAGUGGAAACUUUUCCGGAUGUACCAGGAGAAGUUUAUCGGAAUGAAGUACAUAAUCUGACCACAACUAGCGGUUCAAUUCGUUGGGGUAGACCAGUCAUGCCAAACGGGGUUAUGGUUGCAUAUAGAGCAAUACUGAAAGAGGGUCCCGAAGUUACAUGUCGGAUUUACCAGUUUUGUAUUGCUAUCUGUAAUUAUACACUACUCGGUCCUCCCAAUGACACCUGCCAUAUACAGAAUGAUACGAGGCUCGACGAAAACCAAAAGGAAAUGUCUUUAGAUAUAAAUAAUCUGAGACUUGGAACCACGUACACAAUCCAAGUGAUAGGAUAUACCACAGUUGGACCUGGGGAAAAAGUUGAAAUUUCGUUAAAAACCCUAAGUGUUGUACCGAAUGCAAUAGAAGAUGGCGCCAUUACUGCUGGUUAUUCCCCUGGUAACGGGGUAUUAAAUGUAACCUGGAGUCCACCUUCUUUCGCUGGAGAGGAUCUGGUAUAUACGUUAGUCCUUAGAGAUGCAAUCAAAUCUCUAACACUUGACACUAAAUCAAAUCUGAAAGAUCCACAAUAUCUGGGUAAUUAUCAACUUCACAACUUCUACAACUACACUGUAACAAUCACACCAAGGACUUCUGCGGGAGCAGCAAGCAUCAGCCGACCAUUUUCCUUCACAACACGUCCAAGUGGAAGACUUGGUAGACCGCAGAAUCUGAAGAUAAAGAUUUUGCGUUGUGACAGUGUUCAAAUUGCUUGGGAAGAAGCUAAUGUAGAGGAUAGAAAUGGCCCUAUUACAGGAUAUAAAUUUCAAAAUACUCAGGGAACACAAGAAUGGACAUUCAAAGUGUCUAAUCCUAAUUUUUGGUCCAUUUCCAAUAGAGAAUUUUCGUUUUCCUUAAGAGUUCAGGAAAAAUCUCGAUAUUCUAUAACGAUAUUUGCUGUGAGUGACAGAGUGGGUCAAAGUGGUGUUGAAUAUUCAUCACAAGUAUUCAGCACAGAGGAAUGUCCUGCUGAUAACGGACCUGUUAUAGCAGUGAUCGUCAUCGCAUUUCUAAUACUGCUAGGCAUCUGUCUAGUGGUCAUAAUAUACGUGUAUAGGAAAAAAGUGCGUGAAAUAGAGGAAGUUUAUGUUCAUCCCAAUAGAGGACGGCCAAUUUCUAUAACUAAUGAGCCUAUUGUGGACGAGGAUAUACCCUUAGACAGGCCUUUUAUUUUGAAUGAUGUACAAAAGAUUUUUGAAGAAAAAUCAGCAGACUCAAACAGGCUUUUCCUGAUGGAAUAUGAUGACAUCAAAAAGCUUAGUCAGAUUGAGGGGAAAAAACGAACAACAAAUCACGCCAAUUUAGACGGAAACAAGGCUAAGAAUAGAUACGUGAACAUCCUAGCCUAUGAUCACAGCCGUGUGAAACUUCAUCUGAUUGACGAUGACCCCUGCAGUGAUUACGUCAAUGCAAAUUUCAUCGUGGGGUAUACCUACGAGAGAGAGUAUAUCGCCAGUCAGGGCCCACUUCCUGGGACGGUCAAUGAUUUCUGGAGAAUGGCCUGGGAACAAAGUGCUACAAUUAUCGUCAUGCUCACUAAGUGCAAGGAAGGCAAUACAAAUGCCUUUCUAGAGGACAAAUGCGAGCACUACUGGCCAGAUACAACCAACGAACCUAAACAAUAUGGAGAUAUCGUAGUUAACCUCAUAUCCGUGUCUAAUAUGGACAAAUUUGACAUUAACAUAUUUCAAGUAUCGCAGGGUGAUUACACUCGUACCAUAAAGCAUUUCCAUUUCCUGGAGUGGCCCGAUUUUUCUGCCGCCGUAGAUUCAACCGUAGUAAUUGAUUUUAUACAAACCGUAAGAACCCACAUUACGCCAGAGGUCAAAGGUCCCAUUUUGAUCCACUGCAGUGCUGGUGUGGGGCGCACUGGGACCUAUAUAAGUAUAGACUAUUUAUUACAGUACGUACGAGAUCACGAUCUUAGUCAGUCUGUCGAUAUUUUUGCCUGGGUUGUGCAGAUGCGCAAAAACAGAGUAUCCAUGGUGCAAGUAGAUAAACAAUACAUAUUUAUACACCGAGCUUUAGUGGAGCUAGUAGAACGAAAAAGAAAUGGUCUUCUACAGAGUAAUGAUGAAUCUAUUCUCACCAAUGAAGUUGUAUACGAGAACACUGCAUUCCAGAGCGAUGAAGACGACGAAGACGAGGAGGAAGAGGAAGAAGAAGAAGAGCCAGAUGAAUUUUAUGAAAACUCCAUUACAAAAAUUACUGAGCAACCACUCACGGAACUCUAGAAUUCACGUGACCGGAAGUUCAAAUGCAAUGCGCUGACAUGUUAUUAAAGGACCUCCGAAGAUAGGAGAUGCAUUGAGAAUUAUUUUGUUGAAUGUAUGUUUAGGAUGUAUGUUCUUUUAAGUAGGAAAAAAAUGAUAAUAGCCGUUUAUAUUUCUAGCAAUUGUGUAUAUAUUUGACUCUUAGCAAUUUCCCAUUUUGUAGGGGAAAUUUUCCACUUAGAAAGAAAUGUUGCUCAUUUUAAUACUUAUGCUACACGUACAAGUAUAUUAAGGAUUUAAUUGAAACUCGGUUAUUUUCUUGUUAUUCAUCGUAUCAAUUUUCUAGUCAUGAUCAAAAAGCUUUACGAGCAAUUGAGAGUGUUAUAACGCAAUUUAAUUAUUAUAUUAAUGCUGCGUUAUGUGCUCUAUAUGUCAUUAGUUAUAAAAAGUGUGUUUUUCAUUUUGAAACUAUUAUCAUAUGUAUCACCUUGUGAAUUUUGCGUUUUUUUCGCAAAUAACUUGACAACGGUACUUGCUUUUUAAACAUAACCUUACUUGAAUUCAUACACAUUUUCGAAUGAGGUUAAUAUUAUUUAAGGUGAAUUUAAGACCUUCUUCAUCUCAAAAAAGAUUAAUUAUUAAAUUUUGUUUCAAACUUAACAUAUUGUUUUAGCAAAUAUGGCUUUCAAUAGUUCAACUUUAGGAAGGUUGGUAGGCGGUAUCAUGUGAUAUCAUCAUUGUAAUGGUUAUUUUGUCUCCUAACAUUCAACCUUAUCAUACCUAGAUAACUGAUGUAGAUAUAUUUAUUUGGCUCAGCCAUAUUUGAUUAUAUUAAGUUUAACAAACAGGUGAAUUUUUCAACAUUAUAAGAAUAACAAAAAUUUAGUCUUAGUACAAUUAAUUUGAUUAAUUGUAUGUUUGUUAGAUUUUCUGUAUAGCAAUUCAUGAUUAUUUGAACAUGUCAUUUAAUUUUAAUUUACCAAAGACAACCUUUUCUUCAUUGAUUUAUAUAUAAAGGUCCCGAUUCCCCAGCUACGAAACCUAGUUUUUAUAAUUUAAGAAAUUGAUUGUUCUCUUAUAGAUUAAGUGUAUAAUAAGUGUUAACUUUUAAGGUACAUGUACUGAAGAUUUUCCAAUGUAUACUUGCUGCCUAUCCAUUCAGAGUAUGUAGUAGAACAGUUAACUCUGCACUGGUGCUAAUUAAUAUGUCAUUGUAUGACUGAAUGUCAAGUUUGUGUUGUUCUUUUUUAUUUGUUUACCAUUGAAUUAUUUGAAAGUACAUGCCAUAGUAUGUUACGAGUGCUGACGUAAGGAAAUAAUCAUAGUCUACUUUCUUGUUUUGGUUUUAAAGCUCUCCAGUCAGCUGGUUGAAAGAUGCAUGUGAAGAGUUUGCAAAUGUAGCUGAUGCGCAAGGGUUAUUUCAUAUUUACAAUGUUUUGUAGUAAUAUAUUUUUAUGCGUUUUUCGUAUAUAUUUUUGUAUGAGAUAUUAUGCAAGAAAUGCUUUUUUCUAAUAUCACUGUUCUCAUUUCUCAAUAAAACUUAACAUUUUAUAGA